CGCGCUUUUAUUUUGAAAGGGUGGGAACUAAAGCCUCAGGCCGACACCUGUGGGAGGAGAGCAUUGUUGUCGGCAGGUAAUUAGCGUGGAAGAUGAGCCUGGCGGCGGUGGAUUUGUCACACCUUUGUCCUACCAGACUUUUGCGUGGAACCUUACACAUAACUUUUGUAAUCUCCUGGAGUUGGAAUUAGUGAUGUUAGUUUGAAGGUCCGUCUUGGCAGCAGACGUCUUCACUUCCCUUCAUCUUUGUUUUACUUCCCGCCAUCGUCAUCUACUGCACCUCUUCACUUCUUCUUUACUUGUUUUACUCCUCAUCUUUCGGCAGGCCCUCGUUGCCCAGAUGUUGUCCGCAGUAAUGAAGACCUGGGUGGUGGUGACCCUACUGUGUCUGACGGCCGUGGGUGUGCUCUAUACGUCCAGAUGGAAUCUGCCGUCCUUGUAUUUGCGCAGGUCGCUUGAGUUGAAGUCAUGCGACUGCCAGAAAUGUUUGAACGAGAGCGACCAGGGCUUUAAGGAUCUUUUGGACGCUGCGCCCAAGCCCUUCUUGUCCAAGCGGGGCCCCAUUUUUGAGGAGGAUUUCAACUGGUGGAAGCGCUUGCAGAGGGAAAAGAGACCCUUCAGUUUCUUCAAUGAAACCGUCAACAAACUCUUCACCAUCUUUCCACCCGUGCCCGACGUGGAGGCGUCGUCGCCCGACCGCUGCAGGACGUGUGCGGUGGUGGGCAAUUCCGGCAACCUCAAAGGCUCGCACUACGGACCACUGAUUGAUUACCACCACAUUGUGAUCAGAAUGAACGGCGGGCGCACCAAAGGCUACGAGGAAGACGUGGGCACCAAGACGACUCAUCACGUCAUGUAUCCUGAGAGUGCCAAGUAUUUGGACAACGCCACACAUCUGGUCUUCUUCCCAUUCAAGAUCAACGACCUCCUGUGGCUGCUCAAGACCUUCACUCCCAGAGAAGACGGCAAGGAGAACCCACAGAAGCGAGGCAACAAGGACUUGGUGAUGAUCCUCAACCCCGCCUUCAUGAAGUACGUCCAUGAAAUGUGGCUGAAAAAGAGCGGAAGCUACCCGUCCACUGGAUUCAUGACCUUGGUUCUCAGUAUGCAGAUGUGUGAUGAGGUAGGCAACGGAAGUGAGUGUUUUUGGGUUCGGAGCAGACCGAGAUGGAAACUGGAGCCAUUAUUUUGAAGUCCUGAAGAACAAAAGGCUGAGAACUGGACCUCAUCCUGGCACGCAGGAGUAUGACGUGAUCCAACAGUUGCAGCGCAAGCAGACUAUUCGCCUCCUUAAAGGAUUCUAAUGUCAUGAAUAAUACACAAUAUUCAGUGACUCAGGUGACAAAAUAUUUAUUCAUCUUUCAUUGUUGGAAGAAAUGCAACAUAUGCAAAGCACAAAUAGUUUUUUCCCUGCAAGCGAAGUGAUACAAAUAUUUAUAUAUUAUAUACCUCCAUUGCCUUAAAGAUGCCUUAUUGACUAUUAUGGCAUCACAAAACGUGGACUUUUAGUUUUUAUUAGAAAGCAAAAGUCAUUGUCAUGUAUCGACUAUGAUUAACAUUGCCUUAGAUCAGGGAUGUCCAAAGUGCGGCCCGGGGGCCAUUUGCGGCCCGCAGGUCAUUUUUUAUUGGCCCCACGGCCCAUUUUAAAAUACGAUUGAAAAAAUAAAGGUGGUAUGAAAGAGCAAACAGGUGAAAUGCAACAAGAAAAUGUUGCAAUGUUUACUCUUAAUAACACAAAGCUGCCAUGCAGGCUGUUUCUUUCUUUAAAAAAUAAUAAUGAAUCAAAAUCAAUGUUAUUAUGAAUUAUUGACCUAUCCAAGGCUCCAUUUACUUCACGUUAAAUAUUGCACUUUGAGAUAUUUUUUGGGGGAAAUGUUGCAUAUUUUGUUUGCGCCAUAUAAAAAUUUAGCUUUUUUUUUUUAAAGAAGGGCCUAAAACGAACAAACAAAAAACAUAAACAACAAUACAACGUAUAAUUGACGGAUAGAUCUGGGGCCGUACUUAUCAAGCUUCUUAGAGUGCCAUUUUACACCUAAGUCCUGAGAAUUUGCGAAAUUUAGUCCUACUCUCAAACUUAAGAAUAAAAGCUUUUUAUCAACGUUCUUA